UGAAGGGUGGGACUAUGUAUCCUUGAUGCUUAACCUGUUGGUGAAACACAAGGAGCUGAAGUUUGUCGCUCGUCUCUGAGCUCCUUACGUCGGGGUCACAGGCCGGAUCCAUCUUGCUGAGCUCAUCCAUAACAAGAUGUCUGACACAGAAGAAGUCCUGGAGGAAGAAGUGCAGGAGGAGGAGGAAGAAGCACAAGAGGAGGCAACAGAUGAGUCGAAGCCGAAGCCUAAGUUUAUGACAAAUAUAUCCGCCCCAAAGAUCCCUGAUGGGGAUAAAGUGGACUUUGAUGACAUCCACAGGAAGCGUCAGGAGAAGGAUCUGUCUGAGCUGCAGUCUCUUAUUGAGGCUCACUUCAUCCAGAGGAAGAAAGAGGAAGAGGAGCUCAUCGCCCUCGUGAACAGAAUCGAUAAGCGUCGUGCAGAGAGAGCAGAGCAGCAGAGGGUCAGGGCCGAGAGAGAGAAGGAGAGGCAGGCCAGAGUUGCGGAGGAGAAGGAACGUAAGGAGAUGGAGGAGCAGCGUAAGAAGCUGGGUGACGACGCCAAGAAGAAGAAGGCUCUCUCUAACAUGACCCAGCAGUACAGUGCUGGACAAAAGAGUGACAACAGAAGAGGAGGCAAGAAGCAAACUGAGAGGGAGAAGAAGAAGAAGAUCCUGGCUGAACGCAGGAAGGGUCUCAACAUUGAUCAUCUGAACGAAGAUAAACUCAAGGAGAAGGCCAAUGAGCUGUGGCAGUGGCUGAUAGGUCUGGAGGCUGAGAAGUUUGACCUCAGUGAGAAACUCAAAAGACAGAAAUAUGAUAUUAACCAGCUUCUUGCUCGAGUCCAGGAUCAUCAGAAUGCCAAAGGUCGCGGCAAGGGUAAGAUGGGCGGUCGGCUGAGGUAAAGCAGCACCAGGACGAGGACGGGGCGGACCGGGACACAAGGCGGUCGACACAUGUGUCUGAUGUGUAUUCAUUGUUCUGUUGUGUUGGAUUACGUGUCACUAAUCAUGAAAUCAAACAAUAAAUAAGUCAUUACGUCCACUA